AUGGGAAUACUCGGAACUCUACAUGCAGCGGUGGACUAUCUUCUCACCUGGGUCAAGCUGAUCCAAAAUCGCGAGAUCGGCUGGCCCACGAUCAACCGCAAGACAGGGAAAUACAUGCGCGAGCAGCAGCCUCUCUGGAAAAAGCUCAAGCUGCUCCUGCUGUUCAACCCGCUAACGACAUGGCUGGACACAACGCAUGCGAUGAGGCUGUACAUGCACAACAGCGCGAUUAAAGAGGGGGAGAAAGAAGCAAACCCCAGAUCAGCGAAACGCAUCCGAGAAUUCAUCUCGUUCUUCCACAUAAACAUGGAUGAUUUCGAACCCUCCGAUCCCACCGCGUACAGAACAUUCGAGGACUUCUUCAUCCGGCACCAUAAACCAGGCACACGGCCGAUCCACGAGCAGAAUGACCCUAAAUCCGCCGUCGUGGUUGCGGACUCCCGAGCCGUGGUCUACGCGGAGGUCGCCGAGAGCAAGAAGAUCUGGAUAAAGGGCGAGGACUUUUCAAUAACGAACCUUGUCAUGGAUAGGAAUCUGGGUCCGCAGUUUAAAGACGGACCUGUUGCGAGUUUUAGGCUGUCGCCGCAGGAUUAUCAUCGCUAUCAUAGCCCCGUUACGGGGAAGAUCAAGGCGUAUCGGAGUAUGCCCGGGGAUUACUACGAGGUUGACCCGUUGGCCCUGCGGAGUGGAGUGGAUAUUCUGACGAGGAAUGCACGGGACUACGUGGUUAUAGAAACGGAGGAGUUUGGGGAUGUGUUAUUUGUGGCGAUUGGGGCGAGUCAGGUUGGGACUGUCGAGAUCCACGAAAAAUGGCAGAACCCCGGAGCCAAGGUCACAAAAGGGGACGAGCUGGGGAUAUUCCAGUUCGGGGGCUCGAGCAUCAUUGUUGCUUUCCAGAGGGACAGGAUCCAGUUUGACGAGGAUUUGAUCAGGCCGAGUAAGCAUGCUGUUGCGGUGGAUGUCGAAGUCGGCAUGAGCCUUGGCCGUGCUGUAAAAUCGUAA